UCUCCAAGGCAAUUGAAUCACAUUGUAGAGUGAAUCUGAUUAGACAAUCUCAAAAAGUGUAAUGCGACCUGAGGUAUGACUCGGUGGAUUUCAAUGUGAGCUGCAGCGUCAGAACAAGUUGCCAGGAUCGGGACUGGUCUCAAUGCGCCUUUUGCGGUGCAGCAGCGCUGUGCCAUCCCUGUCAAAAAAUUGGGCGACUGCCGUUAUCGCACACCUUACGUCGUCUAAAUCUCUCUUCUCACCUCUGCUUUCCCCAGUGACUAACAUUCUCUCACAAGAAACUCACACAAUUCCAGCAUCACAGCAAGCCGUACGUGAGCCAUUGGCUCUCGAGCUUCCUCCUUCUUCCAGGUCCUUUUCAUCAUAGCAUUGGGCUGUCGCCAAUUGGCAGAAUGGCGCAACCCGUCAAGAGGUUUCCCGGCCACCUGGCUCAGUUUGUGAGGUGCUACUCGGUCUCCGCUGAGAGCAUUCCGGCCGCCAAGAAGAAGUACGUCCCGACGGAGGGUACCUAUCCCAAGGGCUUUCAGGCCUCUGGUGUUCUCGUCGGCGUGAAGCCCGGAAACAAGACGAAGCCCGAUCUCGCCCUUCUCACCUCAGACCGGCCGUGUGCCGCCGCCGCUGUCUUCACCAAGAACAAGUUCCAGGCGGCGCCUGUCACCUUCAGCAGGGACUUGCUCAAGAAGAAGGCCAACCGCGGCAUCCGCAGCGUCCUCAUCAACUCGGGGUGCGCCAAUGCCGUGACCGGAAAGGGAGGUCUGGAGGAUGCUUCUCUGAUGGCCAGCGCGGCUGACAAGGUUGUCGGAGGAGAGGGCGAUGCGUCAUCCACCAUCGUCAUGAGCACAGGAGUCAUUGGACAGAGGCUGCCCAUUGCCAAGAUUGUCGAUAAUGUCCCAGCUGCUCAGGGGGCUCUAGGCUCCUCUCACAAGCACUGGCUGAGCUUUGCUACCGCCAUCUGCACGACGGAUACGUUCCCGAAACUCAUGUCCAAGACCUUCACGCUGCCUUCGUCACCAAACGUUGAAUACCGCAUCGCCGGAACCACCAAGGGUGCCGGCAUGAUUCACCCCAACAUGGCCACCCUUCUUGGAGUUGUUGCUACGGACGCGCCCAUCUCGCCCGCCGUGAUGCCUUCCGUCCUCAAGCACGCCGUCGACCGAUCGUUCAACAGCAUCACCAUUGACGGAGACACUUCGACCAACGACACCCUCGCUCUGCUCGCCAACGGUGCCGCCGGCGGCAAGGAGAUCUCCUCCGAGGACUCACCCGACUACGCCGCCUUCCAGCAGGUUCUGACCGACUUCUCCAUCGACCUGGCCAAGCUCAUCGUCCGCGACGGCGAGGGCGCCACCAAGUUCGUCACCAUCCGCGUCGUCGAGUCUGCCAGCGAGGAGGCCGCGCGCAAGAUUGCCAGCACCAUUGCCAGGUCACCCCUCGUCAAGACUGCGCUGUACGGACGGGACGCCAACUGGGGCCGUAUCUUGUGCGCGACCGGUUACUCGCUCGUGUCGGAGCCCGGCCAGGCCGUCAACGACGUCCCCGAGGUGACGCCCGAGAAAACCAACGUCUCGUUCGUUCCUACCGACGGCACGCCUGAGCUGAAGCUCUUGGUCAACGGCGAGCCGGAGAUGGUCAACGAGGCCAGGGCUUCGGAGAUUUUGGAGCUGGAGGAUUUGGAGAUCCUUGUGAGGCUGGGAACUGGCGACAAGGAGGCGACGUACUGGACUUGCGAUUACAGCCACGAGUACAUCACCAUCAACGGUGACUACCGCACAUAGAGGGGACAAAAAGGUUCAGGAUUUGAAAGAUGAGCUCAGACUAGAGAGCUUGAAGCAUUGUCAUAUUAGAAGAGCGUCUAUAACGUUACUUGGCCGUUGUUUGUCAAGAGAAUAGACCCAGCCAGCCAUUUGAAGAAUUACUAUAAUUGCCAUAUAUCAGGUAUCAUUGGCGGCCUUGAAAGCGUUGUCAGCGUUACGUUAUAAGGCGCAAGGGAUUCGGAAUUGCGUUCCCAAGAACAGGGUCAGCCAAGGCACCGAAAGAAGUAUCCCGCC